GCCGGCGGCCCGCGGGCUGUUGGGAAGCGCGGCUCUCUUUGUCCGAGGCUGCUCGCUCGCCGCCGAGAAAACUGCUAAAGGAGGAAGCAAAAAGGUGUUGGAAGAGGCAGCAACGGCAGACUUGGAAAUAACAGAAAUAAACAAGUUAACAGCAGAAGUUAUCCAGACUCCUUUAAAAAUCAUCAAGAAAGUGGAAAAAUCUAAACAGGAUAUUGAAGCUAUUGAAGAAGAAGCAGAGCUUCCUUUGCUUCCUCUAGCAAAGAAAGCGAAACAUGAUAGCCAAUGUCUUCCAGAGCUAGAAGCUGAAAACGUUAAUCCAAGAACUGGAAAGGUGAAGGCAUCCACUAAAAAAGCGCCAGUGUCCAGGAGCAGAAGAGCUCCUUCAGCAAGAGUGAAGCGCAUGAGUAAAAGAUCAAGCAAAAGCAACUAUAUCACUCCAGCUACUGGUAGAAUUAUUGAUGUCUGUGCUCGGGGAGGUACCUCUAUGGUCACACCCAAAUUUGAUUCCAGAAUUUUCAAGACACCAGGUUUGCGCACGCCUGCAGUAAAUGAACGUGUUUACACCAUCUCUGCCAAUGGCAGCCCCCUUGCUGACAGCAACGAUAUCUUCAUUACAGUCCCUGUUGGAGGAGGGGAGAGCAUUCGUUUAACAGCAAGUGAUUUGACCAAGAAAAAUCUUCUUCAUCUGAAUCCAGAGGCCCAAGGAAUUAUGAAGAAGCUCUCAGUUCGUCUUGCACAAGCUUGCAGUGGCGCAAAAACCAACAGAUGA